AUGGCAGAAUUGGAAGAAGGUGACAUUGGCAAUCAUGGAUCUGAAAUUUUUGAGAUUAGUCAAGAAAGUGAUGGCACUACUGCUUUAAGUCCGACUCAAUCAGAUUAUCUAGUUGCUCAGACAAAUAGUGACGUUGAAGAUUCAAAAGGUGUCGUUGAAGAUGAUGAUGAAAAGGAUAGUUUUUCGUCCCAUUCGCAGUUUUCGUCACACGAGACUGAGGAAAAAGUGAAAGAAGAGGACGCUCUUGAUCAUGAUAAGGAUAUAGAGCAGUGUUCCGAAACGAAGGAGGAGAUUAACGAUGAUAAUAUAAAUUCAACGAAUGAGGAUGAUGAGACGGAAAAAGCAGAUACAAAUCAUGAAACAAAUGAUAACGAUUCUGAUGGAGAUGGAGACAAACAGGCCGGUCCAUCGAAACCGCGGCGCAUUAUGUUGUCCAGCGAUGAAGAAGAUAAUAUGGAUACCGCACCGGCGGCAGCAAAGUCAAGAGAUGAUUCAGAAUCGGAAGAGGAUGGGGAGCAUGCUGAAGUUGGUGUCGGGGAAUUGAUGACCAAUAUAUUUGGAGAGGAUAGCGAUGAUGAAAAGGAAAGUGAAGAUGCAGUUCAAACACAAUAUCGGGCUGAACGAAAUCGUCCGGAAGGAGAUGAUGACGAGCCAAGAUAUGUUCGUGAUGAAAAUGACGAGGAUGAUGGACGAGUUUGGGACUUUGAUACGAUGAUGCGUGAAAAGAAAGCGGAGCGACGGAGACCAAGAAGGCGCCGACGAGAUGGGUCUAUUGAUGUUGGUGGAGCAUAUGAUGAUCAAAUCAAAAUACUUAUUGAUGCUAUGAAAGCUGCAGCAAAGGACGACAGACACUCGAAUAUAGAGCGUCGACCUGCAUUGCAAAAGCGUAAAAUGCUGCCACACGUAAAAACAAUGUUGAUAAAACACGAUUUAAUGGAGGCUAUCAUUGAUAAUGGCAUGAUGAAUGUAAUAUCGGAAUGGUUAGCACCGUUACCUGAUAAAUCAUUGCCUGCAUUGGAGAUUCGAACGGAUUUGUUAAAAAUCCUGCAAGAUUUUAAUCGACUGGAACCGGGAACUCUGAAACAAUCUGGGUUAGGACGUGCUGUAAUGCUACUCUAUAAGCACCCACGCGAAACUAAGGAAAACAAAGCUCUUGCUGCACGGUUGAUUAGUGAUUGGGCUAGACCUAUCUUUCAACUUGAUACAGAUUUUCGUUCAAUGACAAAAGAUGAACGUAUACAACGUGAUUAUGCACAACUAUCAGAAGCUAAGCGGCGACAUCUAGAUGCUGGAUCGGAAAGUUCAGAUGCUGAAAAGGAGAUAUCAGAACCUCGUCCUGGUGACAAAGGUUUCAUAAUGCGCGCACGUGUACCACGACCGUCUCAAAAAGAUUAUGUUGUACGUCCUAAGAGUAAUGUUGAAGGUCAGUUUCGUGGAGCAACAAAGAAUCGUUUGAAUACUCGAUUUGAUCGAACACAAAGGGAAUUCAAAGAACGUACAAAACAGCAACGGACGCAACGAGCCGUUGCUGUAAGUAUUAAUCGUGUUAACUUAUGA